AUGGAGUUCUCCCUCGAUCCAAAUGAUUUAAACCAGGAGGCUUGGAUGUGUGCCGUGGUGGUGCUGGAAGUUCUGCUGGUCGGCAAGAGUCUAUGGCUGGUCGUUCAGAAACGCAAAUCAUUGAGAGACUUUGCAUGCAGAUGCCGCUGUUUCACCUCAUGGUGGUCGCACGAUCAGAGCAAGUUCAGCCUGGAGGAACAGAGAGUGAUCAAUAGCCGGGUACGACAAGCCCGAUUGGUGCUGGCCGUCAGUGUGAACAACUAUUUCCUCGUCUUGUGGCUGCUGGUCUGUUUGCUGGCACAAAUUAGCAUCUUUAGAGGAGUGUCCAGGUUCAUGUCGGCACAGUUCACGUGGCACAAUGUCAUCUCUUUGGCUUUCUUUUGCGCUAGCUUCCUUGUUCCGUCGCUGCUGCGUCCCAGCACACUCGAUGUGUGGUACGUUGGUGUUAUGCUCAUAAUUACAUCUGUGCUGGCACCUACGAUCACUACACCAGCUCAGAGCCUCCUGGUGGUGAUCGUCUCCUUUGCCUUGGUUCGAAUUCCGGCGGUGCUCGGCUGUACCCGGCCAUGGUUGGUCUUUUGCUGCGAGAUGGGGCUGUAUGUCGUGUCUCGAAUUCGGACAACCGUCGACGGAGACAACACUUUCGAGUCGGAUGUAGAAGUUGGCGCCGCUCAGACAACUUUGUGGGGCUGGCUCCUUGUGUCGGUGGCUGCUGUGGCAGUGCAAAGAUCUUUGCAAAACCGAGAAGCACAGGGCUUGCUGAUCAGUAACACUACAACUGAGCUGUCAGCGGCUACGUCUCUUCUUGAGCUUACUUGCGAUGCGGUGGUGGAGCUCGAUAGUGACUUACAGCUUACGUCUCCAGGUGCCGACAUCGCUUCUCUGCUGUUGAAGGAUUCGAGCGUGUCGCUGCAAGGCAAGUGCUUCACAGACUUUGUCGCGACCAGCGACGAGGCAGAGCGGGCAGAACAGCUUCUGAGGGGCUCCGACAAAGGUGUCCACACGGGGGCUUUCCACACUCGGCUGGUCGAUAGCUGUUCCAGCAAGUUCAGAACGGAGGUUUUCCACGUGAGCUACAGCCGACUGGGUGGACAGACUCGCCAUCUGCUGGGUUUGCGGGACUUUACGGAUCAAGCCUCACUUGCAGGGCGCAGAGCUGUGGACAGCACUGUGGGCCGAGGAGCAUUUGAGCUUGAGCCACACGAGGGCCAAGGCAAUGGAAAAGAUCUGCAGAGCUUGCAGAGCCGAUCUGGAGCAGAAGAGACUCGCCACCUUGUCUACGUGCAGAUCGACAUGGACAGCUUGCAAGUUGUCACAGCAUCAGUUCGCACCCCUUUCUUCGCAGGCAAGCCUUUGGAUGAGAUCUUUGGUGAGGCAGAGAUGGACUUCUUCCAGCAGGUCUGGCAGCAGGUGCAAGUUCUUGACCGGCACAAGGAGCUGGCGACCAAAGAGCUCACGGUCACGUCUUUGUACUUGCGGUGGAAGUCCCAGGAGGUCUGCGUUUCUGGGCGUAUCGAGGUCACCAAGCAGUCUGAUGGCCGGCUUGGCUUCUUGUUCUGCUUUGAAGAGCCUCAUGCAGAGCGAUCGAUAGCAUCGACGCCCCGCUCCCAAACACGGUCGAGAUCCUCGUCUCGGUCUUCGCGGCGCAAACGCUCUAGUAGCCGCGCGAGCUCGGGACAUGGAAGGCGUGCUGGUCAUGGAUUUCACGCUACGCUUGAAUUGCAGAGAGAUGCUCCGACUGAAACUUUGCACGCGCGAGCCAGCCUCUAG